AUGCGGCGAUUCCAGGUCGAUUUUCACCCACUCCGUCCAGACGGGCGGUGGUACUUUGUUGGCCCCGGUGGCGAGGAUCCGCACGACUCUGAGCAAGGAGGCACGGACAAGGACAUGGACCUCGACGCCAAGUACAGCGACAACCUGGAUAAUAAGUAUGAUCACUAUCUAAACAUGUUCAGCACCGGGCCAUGCAGGGACUGUAUUGAGUCCCUGCUUGCGGCUUUUGCGAAGUCUUUGACUUACGACAAUAUGCUGAGCCUCGAGGACGACGAGAUUUUCGCGCACCUGUGGUGGGUCUCUUCAAAAAAUAGAGAAUCCGAGGGAUAUGAUCUACCGAUGAGACUGGGCCAAAGAUGGAGUGUCAAGUUCAUAGCUGGGCGCGGUGGUGAGGAGGAGAAGGACGACAAUGCUGCUGCUGCUGCGGCACCAACAACACCUGUGGUGCAGUAG